AUGUGGCGGGGCGGGGGGCCGGCGGCGGCGGCGGCGGGGGCGGCGACCGGGGCCGCCCAGCCCUGGCUGCUGCGGCUGUCCAGCCGCGUCCGCCUGACGUGGCUGAGCUUCACGCUCCUGGUCAUCCUGGUGUUCUUCCCGCUCAUCGCCCACCACUACCUGACGACGCUGGACGAGGCGGACGAGGCGGGCAAGCGGCUGUUCGGGCCGCGGGCGGGCGGGGAGCUGUGCGAGGCCCGGCACGUGCUGGACCUGUGCCGCAUCCGCGAGUCGGUGAGCGAGGAGCUGCUGACGCUGGAGGCCAAGCGGCAGGAGCUGAACGGCGAGAUCGGGCGGCUGAACGUGAAGGCGGAGGCGUGCCGCAAGAGCAUCGAGGGCGCCAAGCAGGACCUGCUGCAGCUGCGCAGCGUCAUCAGCCAGACGGAGCACUCCUACAAGGAGCUGGUGGCCCAGAACCAGCCCAAGCUCUCGCUGCCCGUCCGCCUGCUGCCCGACAAGGAGGACCCCGGCCUGCCCCCGCCCCCGCCCCGGCGCAGCCGCGCCUGCCGCCUGCACGACUGCUUCGACUACUCGCGCUGCCCGCUCACCUCGGGCUUCCCUGUCUUCGUCUACGACAGCGAGCGGCCGCCCCUGGCCGCCCGCCUGGACCCGCUGGUCAAGCAGGCCUUCGAGGCCGCGGCCCGGGCCGACCCUUACGUGACGCGGGACCCGGACGUGGCCUGCCUGUACGUCGUCCUGGCCGGGGAGCUGCGGGAGCCCGGCCCGCCCGGCGAGCUGGAGCGGCAGCUGCGGGCCCUGCCCCACUGGCGGGCCGACGGGCACAACCACCUGGUGCUGCACCUGGCGCGCCGGCCCGGGGGCCCCGACCCGCUGGCCAACGUGAGCACGGGCCGGGCCAUGGUGGCCCAGGCCACAUUCCACGCCGCCCGCUACCGGCCGGGCUUUGACCUGGUGGUGUCCCCGCUGGUCCACGCCAUGGCCGAACCCAACUUCCUGGAGAUCCCGCCCCAGGCGCCGGCCAAGCGCAAGUACCUGUUCACCUUCCAGGGCGAGCGGGUGGAGGCGCCUCGCCCCCCGGGCGGCGGGGGGCCGCGGGGCGGCCGCGGGGCCGGGGCGGAGGCGGAGGCCGAGGCCGACGACGACGAGGAGGAGGAGGAGGAGGGGCGGGGCGGGGCGGCGGCCCCGGCCGACUACGACGACCGCAUCGUGGCCACGCUCAAGGCCGUGCAGGACAGCAAGCUGGACCCGGUGCUGGCCGAGUUCACCUGCAAGCUCCCGGCCCAGCCCGGCCUGCCCGGCGAGUGGGCGCUCUGCGGCCGGCGGGAGGACCGACUGCGCCUGCUCCGCGCCUCCACCUUCGCCCUGAUCAUCGCGCCCGGGGACCCGCGCCUGCUGGCCACGGCCGGGGCCGCCCUGCGGCUCUUCGAGGCCCUGGAGGCCGGGGCCGUGCCCGUGGUCCUGGGGGAGCAGCUGCGCCUGCCCUACCACGACGUGCUGCGCUGGAGCGAGGCGGCCCUGCUGCUGCCCAAGGCGCGCGUCACCGAGGCCCACUUCCUGCUGCGCAGCCUCUCGGACGGCGACCUGCUGGCCAUGCGGCGCCAGGGCCGCUUCCUCUGGGAGACCUACCUGGCCACGGCGGCCAGCGUCUUCAGCACGGUCCUGGCCGUGGUGCGCACCCGCCUGCAGAUCCCCGCCGCCCCCAUCCGCGACGAGGCGGCCGCCGAGAUCCCCCACCGCUCGGGCAAGGCGGCCGGCACGGACAACGCCAACCUGGCGGACAACGGCGAUCUGGACCUGGGCCCCGUGGAGACGGAGCCGCCCUACGCCUCGCCCCGCUUCCUCCGCAACUUCACGCUCACGGCCGCCCACCUGCACCGCAGCUGGAACACGCCCCCCGGGCCCUUCCACCUGUUCCCCUACACGCCCUUCGACCCGGCGCUGCCCUCGGAGGCCAAGUUCCUGGGCUCGGGCACCGGCUUCCGGCCCAUCGGGGGCGGGGCCGGCGGCUCGGGCAAGGAGUUCCAGGCGGCGCUGGGCGGCAACGUGCCCCGCGAGCAGUUCACCGUGGUCAUGCUGACCUACGAGCGGGAGGAAGUGCUCAUGAACUCGCUGGAGCGGCUCAACGGGCUGCCCUACCUCAACAAGGUGGUGGUGGUCUGGAACUCGCCCCGGCUGCCUUCCGAGGACCUGCUGUGGCCUGACAUCGGCGUCCCUGUUGUGGUGGUGCGCACCGAGAAGAACAGCCUCAACAACCGCUUCUUGCCGUGGGACGCCAUCGAGACGGAGGCCAUCCUGUCCAUCGACGACGACGCUCACCUCCGGCACGACGAGAUCAUGUUCGGGUUCCGGGUGUGGCGGGAGGCGCGAGACCGGAUCGUGGGGUUCCCCGGGCGCUACCACGCGUGGGACGUCCCCCACCAGUCCUGGCUGUACAACUCCAACUACUCCUGCGAGCUGUCCAUGGUGCUCACCGGCGCCGCCUUCUUUCACAAGUACUACGCCUACCUGUACUCGUACGUGAUGCCUCAGGCCAUCCGGGACGUGGUGGACGAGUACAUCAACUGCGAGGACAUCGCCAUGAACUUCCUCGUCUCCCACAUCACCCGCAAGCCCCCCAUCAAGGUGACCUCACGCUGGACGUUCCGCUGCCCGGGCUGCCCGCAGGCCCUGUCACACGACGACUCCCACUUCCACGAACGGCACAAGUGCAUCAACUUCUUUGUGCGGGUGUACGGCUACAUGCCGUUGCUCUACACGCAGUUCCGGGUGGACUCUGUGCUCUUCAAGACACGCCUGCCCCACGACAAGACUAAAUGCUUCAAGUUCAUCUAGGGCCCGGCCCGCCGGGCGAGGGGAUGACGGGUUGGGUGCGGGGACGGCCGCCGGGCCAGGGAGGGCCCGGCCCCUCGGGCACCCGCAGGUGGGUGCCCCGACCCAUCGUGACUGGGGAUCGGGCACCUCAGGCAGACGGGGAAUGCUGCGACCGGGCCUGACCCCGGGGUGUCCCUGCCCCUGGGGCCCGAGCUGGGCCCGACUGAGCCUUGGCCGCCCACGUUUGCACACGCGCGCACACACACACACACACACACACACACACACAUGAGCGCAUGGAACUGAGGAAACGCAGCAGCUGACAGUUGGACAGGACAUGGGGAUGCACCCGAAUGGUUACUUGUCCAGGGUGACUGGUUUGAGGUGUUUUUUAAUAUUAUUAUUUAAAAUGGAAGUGUUUCA